AUGUACCGUUCUGGACGAGGAACCCCCACCCCAAGGCAAAGUCUUUCUGACCUUAAACGACCGGCAUCUGCUAGAGGCUAUAGGCCUCAACUGCCUCAUGUUGCAUCUUCAAGACCAUCCUCAAGUUUUGGCUCCAGGCCAUCUACUCCUACUUUUAGACCUGACCCGUAUACUGGGUCAAUUACUGUGAGUAUUAGACCGAAUCCUCAUACAAGUGGGAACUCUCAGAACCAGAUUUGGCUGAUUGAAGAGUACUCGAAUACCAUCACCAAUGCCCAAGACAGUUCCUCCUACACAUUUGAUAAUGUGUUUGGCGCUUCCUUAGAUGUUACUAAUAGAACUGUUUACAACCGUUCCUGUGCUCAUAUUGUCAACAAGUUUCUCCAUGAAGGUUAUAACUCCACACUUUUCGCUUAUGGUAUGACUGGGUCUGGUAAAACGUACUCCAUGCGUGGUGAAGAUCACGACCCUGGUUUUGUUCGUUUGGCAAUUGACGAUAUUUUUAACAAGAUAGACUCCCCUAACCUGGGAUGCUCCUAUGCGCUUUCUGUCACUUACUUGGAGAUCUAUAAUGAGAAAAUCGUGGAUCUAUUAGCCAAUGGCUCAGCUGCUUAUAGCUCACAUUCCGAACUUAAAAUAAGAGACUAUCCCGAAUACGGUGUGAAGAUAAUGGGUGUUUGCAGCCCUACUGUUUCUUCGAAACAAUCAUUGCUUCAACUUAUAAAAGCUGGUGACCUAAAGCGUAAGACAUCUGCUACAGACUACAACGCAAGACUGUCUCGUUCUCAUGCAAUUCUACAGUUACGCCUUCACACUAUUGAUAUGGCCUUGAAUUCCGAACACAAGUCGACCCUCUCACUUUGUGAUUUGGCAGGCUCUGAAAGGGCUACUCUGUGUGCUGAGAGGCGGAAGGAAGGAUCUUUUAUUAAUAAGUCUCUUCUUGCACUCUCCACAGUCAUCAAUAAGUUGUCCUUAGCUUCAACCUCGGGCACUAUGGAUCAUAUCCCAUACAGAGAUUCGAAGCUUACAAGACUUCUUCAACCAUCACUUUCCGGGCUGGCCCUUAUCCUGAUUCUAUGUAAUGUUCAUUUGGGGCUGAGUCAAUCGGCACUUACCCAGCAGUUUGUUACAGAGACCACUAACACUCUUCGUUUUGCCGCAAGGGCGAAGGAUAUUUUGCUUUCGGUUAAGGCCAACCGCAAACUGUCGAUUGGCGACCUGGAGGCUCAAAAGAUGAUUGAAGAUCUCAAACGGACUGUGGAAAAUCAAAAGAAUGAACUUGCCCUUUUGAAGUUACAUCCCGGUGCUUCCCUGCCCAUGUCAGAGCAAUCGGGAGACUCCGUUGUGCCACAACUACAGGCCGAAAUCAAGGUGCUUAACGAGAAAAUUGAACAUCUUAAUCGCCUUGCGGACUUGAACAAAACAGAAGUCAUUCUUCUACGAAACGAUGCUCUUAACGAUAUCCUAGGAAUGGAUAUCGAUAAAUCAUCUCAACAAAUGAUGAUGGCUAAUCUAGAAGAUUUUUACAAACGGUUGACACAUGAAAUGGAGCAGCACAAGCAAUACAAUCAGUCUUUAGAGAACCAGCUCCGGUCAACUUAUCAACAGUUAGCAGCUGCCACAAUGGCAGACUCUAACAAAACUGAGAAACGUUCGGACAGACAAUAUGAUUCCUUGCUUAAGCUGCAAGAGGAAGAGAUUAUGCUGCUUAAAGAGACGCUACGUGAUAAGGACCAGAUCAUUCAGGGCCUUACGAAAACCACAAAGCUCCGUCGCUUGGUGGACUCUUCUAAUUCAGGAGGAUCACCAUCCGUCAAUGACUAUGCUAAGAGACCUACGAUUCCGCAGGCUGUCACCAGCCUGGAUAAAGAGAACAUGGUUAGUGAGAUUCGCCAAUUCAGGUUGAGCCCGAAGAAGCCUGCUGUGCCACGUUUUAAUUAA